AUGAACCCAUUCAGGGGCUUUUACAACUCAGGAGCCGAUUGGUUCCCGGUCGGACUCACCUCGUCGUUCCCGGACCUCGGCGAAGACGAUGGCAAUAGCUUAUCAGAACCUCGCACCUGCAACGGUGAGGUGAAGCCAGGAUGCAAGGUCUUCCAGGUUCCGGAGUCAGACAGCUCUCAAGCCUCCGAGAUGUUGGUUGAAGACGAUCCAGCCGAGCCAUCCGACAUCGGAGCAGACUUGAAGACUCAGGUUCUAGUGUUCCAGUACAGGGGCAAGUUUCAUGCGGUUGAUCAUAAAUGCCCCCACUCAUCAUUUCCUCUAUCUCGGGGCGCUCCUUUCGACAUUGAGGACUUUGGGAUUGUUCUCAGCGCCGGAUUAUCAUGUCCGAAACAUGGUUGGUCCUUUGACCUGUUCAGUGGAAUGUCAGAUCGUGGGCAGUACAAACUAAAAGUGUGGGAGGUCCAGUUGCGCGAUGUCAAGAGUUCUUUCUCUUUUCUACCAGCUGCUAAGACAGAUGAUGCUUCGGGUACUGUAGAUAAAGAGGUCUGGGUAAGGAGAAAGCAAAGGAUAGGCUAG